AUGACAUCAACGUCGUGGAGAGGCGCAAGUCGCGCAACAGCGGUCCGACGACUGCUGUGGUGCUCGGUUUUCCUUCAAGUUAUUGCCCUCCAACAACUUGCCUGGGCCAGCAUUGGUGUGAUUGAGACCAUGGACAAGGGCGGCUUCGUCUGCGCCAGCAUGGAUGCAGCUGAGCGUCUUUGCCGGGGGACGGAUUGCGGUGCAUUGUACCCCAAUAUGAUCAAAAAGGCUCUGCAAGUUGCCCCAGAGGAAGCUAGAGGCAUCCUAGCCUUUGGCGCCUACACACCAGGCUCAGCUGCAAGGACAGCACUUGACGGCUGGGUGAAGGCCGCGGGAUACAGCCCAUCCAUCAUCACGUACGUGACCAACCCUGCGGCGGUUAAGUCGUACAACAUCAGCACCUAUAAGCUCCUAUUCGUUCCAUCGGGAGAACGGGUUGUCCAAGGCGGCAUAUCGGCCGACAUGGUGAAUGCCCUGGUGGCCAUCAAAGGAGGAAUCGCUGAUUUCGUCAACCUUAAUGGCGGGUCUUUGAUUGCACUUGCACAGCCGGUAAUGUUUGAUGAAUUGGAGGCGUCCUACCCUUUCUUCCCGGCGCCCCUCAAGACCACACUUAUCUACGACCAGGAAAGCUGGUUCUCGGAUGUCAGUGUAACGAAUGAGAUGUCGCUGAUUUCCCCGAGCACCCAGAAGAACACUAUCUCGGACCAUCAGUGGCUUGGCUUCUUCUACGGCCCAGUAGACUGGAGCGGCCUCCGUGUUGUUGCCUAUCAGACUGGCAUGUGCCCAACUCCACAGGGCAAAAACCAGGACUGCCAGGCUACAGUGCUCUGCAAUACGAAAGCCACGCUGACGGCCGAGAACUGCUAUGAUGGCGUGGACAACGAUGGUGAUACCUGGGUGGACAAGGAAGAUCCGGAUUGCGAGCGCUGUGGAGAUGGGGUUGCUCUUGCACCACCCAAGAAGUCUGUCACGGCGCAGUUCCUGCAGACGACGCUGAGCUUCCGCAGGAUUUCGCCAUACUUUGCCUUGUGCGACGCGACCUCCAUGGAGCGCAUGAGAGGCCAGCUGGCGACUGCUCUCAAUCUACCUACCGAGAACGUCACAGUCACUUGCGAGUGGCCAAAGAAUGGUGCUGGCAGCCGGCGGCUCUUACAGGACACGGAUGGCCAAGAUUCGACUGACACUGGAGAUAGCAAUCUAGCUGACGUUUGCGGUGCUAACAGUCCAUCCUACACCGUGAACAUUAAGCCCGAGGGUAGGCACCGGCUGGUGUACGUGGCUCGCGACCCCACUGUUCCGUACUACGAGUUCAAGGUCAACGUUUGGAACUCAGUGAACAGCAAACUUGCCGGCCUUUGCCCUCUUGGGUCUUUUGACGGCGAUUGGGCUCAGAAUGGCUACACGGUAGGUGGGCAGAAAGGGGUAGUCGUUCCAUUUCAAGUUGUGAUCCGUGUCUCGCGCAGCAUCUUGUGGGUACCCAUGGGCUGCUGGGAAAAGACCUGGUCAAUGGUGGGUGUUACUGACAUAGACCCGUUACGCAUGUUCGACACAUGUCUGGAAAGACCGCCAGUUGCUCCCUUGCUGCACGGAGAGGCAAAAUAUGCUGAAUCCGCCGAGGAGAAGGAGGUCAAGAAGAAGGCUAACAUCGUCGCCCCAGUUGUGGGGGUUAUCGUUGGCGUGUUCGGUGUCGGUGCGGUUGUGGGUAUCACCGUCUUCCUGAAAAAACGAAAGUCACAGCUGUACGAGAGCGACUCAGCACAAAGUGACGAGACAGCCGCAUCCAGGGGUGAUGCAGCAGGAGACAAGGCUAUCGUAAUCACCAAUGAGAUAUUUAGCACCACCUCUGGAGCCACCAACAUCGGUGACCGGCGCAGUGAAGGAGCCAAGGUCCCUAGAGUGCUUAACCCGCACAUCGCCCUAGGCGUGGCAUUAUUCACUGAGACAUGCAGCUCGUCCUCAACGCGUUCUGCAGCCACAACACCUGCUGAUGCACGCAGUGUGUUCGCGUCCAAUAGACCUGUCAAGUUUGAGUUGACAACGACCAGUAUUAUACUGGUGCUUUUGGUGGCGAAAAUGAUGGCAUGCUAG